CCCCGGACGUGUCCUUUCCAGCUGGUUCGCUCUCCCCGGACCUCGUCUCGGGUUUACAGCCCCUCCCCACCGCCGUCUGGGCCCUGCGCUCUUUGUAGGGCUGGGCUGCGCUUUUCGCAUCCUGCUGCAGCCCGGGUGAGCGAGCGGCCCACGCUGGCUUGUCUGUGUCCAGCCCUGUUAGCCCCGCCUCGUCUGAGCCUCCGCUGCACAGGCGCCGCCGGCACGAGCCAAGGGGGUGGUCCCACAGCCACCUUGCAAUAGGCACGCGCGGGUUCUGCCCACCCCUUCUUGGCAUCAGCCAAUGAACGCUCCGGGUGUUGCGCCUUCGGCCAAUGGCGCGGCGCCUCAGUGCCGAGUGCGGUUGCUAAGGGCAGCGGCGGCGGCCGGGCUAAACGCGAGUGGCCGGGAUCCCAUGGCAACGGCGCGGGUGAGGAUGGACAGCGCGGGGGACCGGGCCGGGCCCCGCGGGGGCAGUAUUGUUGAAGAUGAAAGUGUGAAAUUGCGACAGCUGAAACUAGAGAACCAGAGAGCUCUUCUGGAGAAGAAGCAGAGGAAGAAACGUCUUGAGCCCUUGAUGGUACAGCCAAAUCCAGAAGCAAAGCUGCGUAGAUCAAAGCCCAAAGGGUGUGAGGAGCAGACUCCCUUAGUUGAGAGCCACACCCCUUUUCACAGCGAUGUUGUCCUGCAUGGCAUUGAUGGCCCAGCUGCCUUCCUGAAGCCAGAAGUCCAAGACUUUGGGACCAAACUCCAAAUCCUCUCUGUAGGAUCUUCCACAACAGAAAACGAUGCAGAUCAAGACAAUGAUGAAGAUACCCUGAUAGAUACAGCUGCCAAGCCGGAUCUGCAAGAAAUCCUGCAGAAACGAGGGAUCUCAGGCAGUUUGAAUUUCGAUGAGGACACCGAAGAGGAGGAGGAAGCUGGAAAGAGGUCAAGAUCUCAUUCACCAUAUUCUGAAUCUGAGAGGCCUAGUUCUGCAACCAGCCAGAAAUCUGCUACAGACACAGGUGCUUCCUGCACUGCAUCCCCAGAGGCAGAUGCACAGCUGGGAGAAGUGGAGAACUUGGAGGAGUUUGCAUUACGCCCUGCUCCCCGUGGCAUUACAGUGAAGUGUCGAAUCACUAGAGAUAAGAAAGGAAUGGACCGAGGCCUCUUCCCCACCUACUAUAUGCACCUGGAAAGGGAUGAUAACAGAAAGACAUUCCUUCUUGCAGGGAGAAAACGGAAAAAGAGCAAAACAUCCAAUUAUCUCAUUUCAAUUGACCCAACAGAUUUAUCCCGGGAAGGGGAAAGUUUCAUUGGAAAACUCAGGUCCAACCUUAUGGGAACAAAAUUUACUGUCUAUGAUCAUGGAGUUAGCCCAGGCAAGGCACAAGGGCUCAUAGAAAAGGCCCAUACCCGACAGGAGCUUGCAGCCAUUUGUUACGAAACCAAUGUCCUAGGAUUCAAAGGCCCCAGGAAGAUGUCAGUGAUCAUUCCAGGGAUGAACAUGAACCACAAGCGAAUUCCAAUCAGACCACGCAAUGAACAUGAGAGUUUGCUAUCAAAAUGGCAAAAUAAAAACCUGGAAAACCUGAUUGAGCUGCACAACAAGGCGCCAGUGUGGAAUGAUGACACUCAGUCGUACGUCUUGAAUUUCCAUGGGAGAGUCACUCAGGCCUCGGUGAAGAACUUCCAGAUUGUCCAUGAGAAUGACCCUGACUACAUUGUGAUGCAGUUUGGCCGUGUAGCAGAAGACGUGUUCACUCUGGACUAUAAUUACCCACUGUGUGCCCUCCAGGCCUUUGCCAUUGGACUCUCCAGCUUUGACAGCAAAUUGGCAUGUGAAUGAUGGAGACAGCAGACUUGGACGUGGAACUUGCUCCCAUCCCUGCACCUUGUAGAUGAGUUCUGGGUGGAAUCAUGAGAAGUAUCCUGGGGACAGAAGGGGAACUGGAGGCCAGAUAUCUGUGGGCUUAACAAGAAGCAAAUAGUAGAUUUAGGGGCUUUACAGUAGCUGAUAGAGACCGUGGCCCUUUUUGGAAGGGAGAUCUCUGCAUGUGCCCUGGGGGAAGGCAAGGAUAACGUGUGAUGUCUUUGUUAUCAGUAUUAACGCUGUAUUGAUAAUCUUGAUCGGAGAUGGUGUGAGAGAGCUAAUCCUGCUCCUUAGCAGCUAAGCAUCACUGUGACUAGGAAUUCCUGCAGUGGGGAUCAGAUUAAUAGUGCUUUAGGCGAGGCAUCUUGGAUCUCACAACACCCCUCUGCUCAUGCAGCGUAUAUUAAGAUUCGUUUAGAGAAGGAAGAACAGGUACAGUCUGUGCCGUCUCUUACCCCGCAGAGUAACUCUCCUGUCUAAGGCAAAGUUCAGAGAAAGAAGAGAGGGUAUAAGCCUGAUGUCCCUGUGCAACUGUAAGAACUGUUCAAUGAACAAAGAAUAGAAACAAGCCCCAUGCCUCUAUAGCCACCCUUUUAUUCUGCAGGAUAAUUCUCUUUCAAGGCUGAUGGAUCCCAGUUCCUGUUAAUUGUUCUGCUGCUCAUUAUCCUGUGACAACCCUUUUACCAAAUAAAGAUCCCCCAUCAUUAGGGAUGUGAGAAAAACUCCUAUGGUCACUUCUAAGUAAGCAAUAUUUGUAUUAUGACCAUCACUGUUUCUUUGAUUCCUAACAGUUCUAAAAGUCAAAUUGAAUGGAUCAUUGGACCUGACAGAAACUGGCUGAGAAAGGCAUGCCAUUGACUAUUCCUGAUAUGCAGCAUCCUGAUUGCCUUAAAUACUAGAUUCUAUAGGUCAGUCAAUCAGAAACAUUUUUUUUUAAAUUUCUUUUAUGAAUAGUUUGCUGCAUUUUAGGAAUAAACUGAUGUCUGAAGCUUUUAUUUGUUUUGUUUAACUUUUUACUCAGCAAAUAAGAGCCUCUUCUGCAGCAGUCUGAAUGGCUGAUUCCAGUUGCAUGUGGUAUAAUAACCAUAGAUAUGUCAAAUCAUGACCAGUUCAGUCUGUUUUAUAUAAUCAUUUAAUCUGAAUACGAGAUUAACCAAAAAUAAGAUUAUAGACAUUUUCCAAGGCACAAAGAGAGAAGAAUAUUGCAACAAGAGUAGCCAAAGUACUGCUCAUCGGGCUCCAUAAUGUGUCCUGUAGCAGCCCUCACCUUUAAUUCUGGGUUGCAGUCAGUGGAGACCACAAGUCCCAGCAUGCAAUCCUCCUUGAUCCACCAGCCUCAACUUGGAUCACAUUGGAACACUGCAUAUUGAGACCUAUAGGUUACAUGGGCUGCACAUCUGCUGUAUAUUAAAAAAUAGGGCAGCUACCAUCCUGUCCAUUUCAUGUUCUUUAUGUACAGCUAUCAGGAUCUUUCCUUUCACAUUCAUUAUGUACAGUUAAUUGCUCAUUUGUCCCUCUGUUAAACAAACUGAGUGUCUCCUUUUUUGCAUGUACUGAUCUGUUUUUAAAGGUCAUUGGCAGCCCACGAGUCCUAUCUAGAUGCCCCCAGCAACCAGACUUUCAUCAUUGUGCCACAGUCUUUGCAUUAUGUCACAUAAGUCUCUCUGUUGGUGGAUAUCAUCUUGCUGUUUAAUUUUCCAAAACAUCAAACUUUGUGUAGACAUUUUCUGAUGCCAGAAAAAAUGCUUCAAUCAUAGUCACAUGUAAUCUCUGUAUUUAAUUGUAAAUGGUGAAUUGUUGCUGAUAGCUCCAGUUCUAAAAAAUGCUUAUCUCACAAGUUCCCAAGCUACACUGGCUGAGGUGCCAUUGCAUUCAAAGCAAUCUCAUCAGCAUAGCACUCAGCAAAGAGUUUGCUCCAGGUACCUCUUUUGUGCCUUCAUGUACUUCCUGCUUGUCAAUGUGGGGACAAGAUUCGAUGGCAUCUCCCACUUGUGUUCUCUUAUGCUCCCAACUGACUGCACUGCACUUCCUGUAUCUACCUAGAAAAGCCAAGAAACCAGUUCUUAAUGCCUCUGUCACAAUUACUUUGUAACUAGGACCAGAUGUAGAAAAUUAGUUUAUGUUCACUUGGGGUUACUUGUAGGCAAUGCAUUAAUUGCUAGUCUAGAAAAAGUUUCGUUGUGCUUAGCGAGCCGCCCUGCAACUCCCUGGUUCAUCUCUCCAACUGGGCCAGUCAGCAAGGGCUCUCUCAAACUAUUCAAGGUGGUAAACCCAUGGGUGAGCUUAAUUGAUCAUGGGUAAGUCAGUGCCUGUGAUUCUUUAGGUUUCCUCAUCAAGUUGCACAGACAGAUGGCCGAAUUUCUUGUCUCUUCUGAGGUGCUUUCUAUACUGUGAGCAUGUGACCCUUCACUUACCUUCUAGUAUUGAAACUCUUCUGUCUCUGUUUUUGAGGUUGUUUUUUUUAAGGGAUUGUACAGUGACCUCGUCCACACUAGCAUUAAAGUAUGUUAGUCACAACUGUAUUAAAACACAGGUUAUUGCUAGCAAGUCCUAGCUUGGUUUCUCUGAUAACAUCCAGCAGGGAAUUUUUCUAAAAAGGGUGAUACCGUUGUGCUAGGAAACAGUCCUAUUAGCUGUCUGUGGGGUCAAACUAAAAGCCUGAUUUUCAGACAAAAAUCCCAGUGCACACUGCUCAGGGAAGUGGUACGUUCUGUCACAGUGAAAUGUGACUCUGGAUAUCUUGGUGGACAGAAGCAUGGGUCUGUUUUGUGUUGCUGUUUGAACAGGCAAUAGCAAUGCAGGAGGAGGGCAUUUACCUCUUCUCAGAUGCUUUCAGACAUAUUUUAUAUAUUGGAGGCUUCAGUACUCUGCCGUACUCUCCGUUCUUUUUGUGUUCUUCACCCACUCUGUUGCUGCUCUGUGUGCCAAAGGUCCACCUAGAUGACUAAGAGGCUGGCUUUGUGUGCUUCCUGUUGCUUCCAAGCUUUUUUUGCUCUGCAGAAACCUCCAGUGCUUUUUGGUCAAAUAUUGUUCUACAUGAAUUGUAUUUAUAACUUUUGUACUCUAAUGAAAAUAAAAUAACUUAUAAAAAACAAAACAAACAACAAAACCCUAAACUCUGAAUUGUUCUUAUCUUGUCCUGUAGGAUUUUUGCUGCAUGUGGUGUUUGCUGUUGGCUCUGAUAUCUCUGUCUCUCCUGCUUUGGCUACCCCUCUUUCUCCCUGUCUCCCUCCACUCCAUCUCUCUUCUUUCUGUAUCAUUCUCUCCUCAUUUGUCUCCCUCGCUUCUCCUCAAUGCUGGUUUUACAAAUAUUUAGAAGUGUGAGAAUUGCCUUGGAAACACAAGUACUACCAAUUUCCUUUCUGCAUCACUAGGAGCUGCUUGCUGUCGAUUUGUUCACUCCCCUCCCCUUGAUUCUCCUGCUCCUCACACCCAUUCUCUCUCAAGUGUUAUGGGCUGCUGAGGGGGGGGGGGUGCAUUGGAAAUAUUUACCCACUUGUAGGGUGACCAGAUAUCCCGACUUUAUAGGGACUGUCCCUAUUUUUGGGUCUUGUUCUUAUACAGGCUCCUAUUACCCCACAUCCCCUGUCCCGAUUUUUCACAUUUGCUGACUGAUCACCCUAGUCACUUGCUCUUAGCCCCUCCUGUUGUCCAGGUGUCCCAUGGUGCAAUUCUGGACCAGGAUUGAAAUAGUGUGAGGUAAAGAGGGGCAGUACUGAGUUGAGGGUGUUUUUACUGGGGUGAUAUGAAGAGAAGUGUCUGCCUCACUGAGGGAAAAUGUCCUUGUUCCAGUGACUUAAAGCUUAAGGUAGGGUAGAUCUAACUUGGCAGGCCCCUGUUCUGAAUGCAGGUUGAACAAUCAUGUCCAUUUCCCUCUAGCUUGGCCAGAAUGGAUACAGGGUGCAAGCACGUUCUGCUCUCUGUGUCUGUCUCAGAGAUCUGCAGCACAGUUGCUAUCUCUACAGCACUGUGUUGGCUGCUGUAAUAUCGUGCUCUCGCUCCCACACCAAACACAACAUCCAGAAAACUCCAAGAACAGGCUGGGUGUAGGAAGCAAAUGCUACAGUCCAGUGUGAAUCCUCAUAGCGGGACUCAGAAUGCAGCAGCUCCAAGGUGCUGUGAGGUCUCCAGCUAAUACACAUCAAAGGCAGGAGUAUUCAUUUCUUACUCUUUUAUGGCUCAAUCCUGCUUGCACUGAAAUGUUGAUAUCAAUAGGAGUAGACUCAGACUCUGUUAUUUAAAAGUAUAACACGCUGACAAAGCACACCCUACCCAACAUGCUCUUCUACUUACUGGUAUUAAUAGCUCUGUGCACUUCACAGCUAUUGUUACUGGAAAAGAAUAAUAAAGAAGACAAGCAACUAUUCCCCCACCCCACCCUUUUCACAGAUGGAGAGCUGGGAGUUUGCAGGAGGUCACUGCAGUCAGAGCUGGGGAUAGAGCCCUGUGUAAAACAGCAUACCUAAGUCUCAUCCACACUGCUUUUCUGAAGGAAUGUGUCAAAUCUAUGGGCUUGAGUGCUGUCUGUAACCACUACAUCCCACUCCCUUCCAGAGCUAAGUGCUUGGCUACACUCGAAACUCCAAAGCGCUGCUGCGGGAGUGCUCCCCCGGCAGCACUUUGAAGUGUGAGUGUGGUCGCGGCACAGGUACUCCACCUUCCCAAGGGGAUUAGCUUGCAGUGCUGAGAGCCGCGCGCCCAGAGCUGGGGCACUGUUUACACUGGCGCAGCGCUGUAACUUGCUGCACUCAGGGGUGUUUUUUUCACACCCCUGAGCGAAAAAGUUGCAGCGUUGUAAAGCGCCAGUGUAGCCAAGGCCGAAAAAUAGAACUGGACAUAGGUGUGGGCUACUGGUGAAAUAUUUAUUAAAUAUCUCCUAGAACUGGAAGGGACCUUGGGUCAUUGAAUCCAGCCCCCUGCCUUCACUAGCAGGACCAAAUACUGAUUUUGCCCCAAAUCCCAAAGUGGCCCCCUCAAGGGCUGAACUCACAACCCUGGGUUUAGUAAGCAAAUGCUCAAACCACUGAGCUAUCCUUCUCUAGUGGCUGAGCUAUGUGGAGGAUAACAGCCUACUACUACUAUCAAUUACUUAUUUAGCUCAAGUAAUAGAGGUCAGCUUUACCAUAAAGGUGAGACCAGGCUAAAGGUCAGAGGCUUCUCAGGAGUUCUUGUCCUUGUGUCUUCCAGCAUUUUCAGUGUACAGUCCCUGUCUCCCCAUUCUGUUCUCUUGUCCUGUUCUCCAUGGAUUUCUUGUUCCUCUGCUGGGACUCAGAAGUCAUUUUCCUGUUUCAGUUUGGGUAAAUCUUUCCACACCUAGAUAAGCUCUGUGGCCAGAAAGAAGCUCUCCUUUUUGCUAAAAUGUGUCAAGGUAAAAAGCAUGUAAUUGGCAGUUGAUAUAUAUGAAUGAAUGUUGUUUCCACUAGAUUUGAAGGUGGGAUCUGAUCUCAUUUGCUAUGACAAAAGUAAAGUGAUGGUUUAAAAAGAGAGAACCACUGAACUAAGGUACAACAAAACAAAGGUGAACAAAGAAUGAUUUUCUUAACUUGAAUUGAGAUCCCCAUUUAUAAAAGAGAACAGGAACUACCCUUAGAGUGCAGUUUUACUCUGAAAAGUGAUUCCUAAAAAUGAGCUCCAUAUUCGUCUGUCAAUAGCUGUAUAUCAGACCUGUUCAGCUAACAGGAAAAAAGAUUCCACUACUUCUGACCACCCCAAUCAAACUCCAUAUGCGUGCUGUGUCAAGUUCUUUCCUUGCAUAUCAUCUCCACUACUAAAGGUUCUACAGGCCAAAUCCUACCCUUAGUUACACAGGUGCAAGCCCAUUCAUUUCAGUGCGUUUCUGCAACUGUAAGUGACUAGAAUUUGGUGAACAAUUCUGCUGAUGAUUCACAGGAAGGAAUAAAAUCCAGCUCGCUCUCUGAGCUGUGUUGACUCUGCAGGGGGAACAGGAGAAAAAAUGUACAUUAGCCACAAAGUCAGCAGAUCUGACCUUCAGUAAACAUAGGAAGCAGAUAGAAUGAGUAAUAAGAUGCCAUUUUUACAAAAUCAUUUUUCACAAUAGUACUGCACUUUAAACAUCAGCUUUUAAUCUUCACGUGGUUUAGCAGAGACCCAUAGUGGCUAAAUGGGCUCAUUACAGGUAUACGUUUAAAGGAAAACUGCAACACACACGUGAGUUUAUUGUGUAGAAUAACACCACACAGAAUACUAGGCUUAUUUUAAAUAACCAGUCAUAUCUUUAUGUACAUGGAUAUUACCUAAAAUUGUAUGACUUAGAAAAUGUAUGUGGCCUCUCUGCAUUCGAAGAGAAAAUAAAAAUAAAAAUUCUAAUUGUAUCUAA